AGACAGAGAGAGGGUCGGUUCACUUGGAGGAGGAGGAGAGAAGUCUCACACGGAGACUUACUUUUGUUCAUUUGAUAAUGGAAGUUUAAUGAUGAAUCUGAGCUCAUCUGCUCCUUUCUGACCUCGAAGGCUUCGGUCAUGUUGAUCGAUGGACUAGGAUGAAAAGGUGAAAGUUUGAUUUUAUAAAUCUAAACCGGACCAUUGAUUCAAAUAGAAGGAGUGAUGUGAGGGAAACACAAGUUUGUAAAGAAAACCUCUGAAAGAAAUCUCAGCUGAGAGGAUGCAUAUGAUAGGUGAGUGUGAAAAUAAUCCUUAUUUCAUUAGAGUUAAAGUGGUCCGUUUUUAAUGUGUCUAUUAGUGAAGAAGGAGUGUCUAAUCUGUCAUAAUCCUUAUUUUUAAUAUUGAGAAGCCGUUUAAUUAUUUAUUUAUUUAUUUUGCUUGAAAAUGCACAAAUAUUUGCUUCCACCUCAACAAAGCUUCGUGCAGAAAUUUUCACUCAGACUACUUCCAAGAAGCCAUAAAACCCUGAAACUAAUCUCUGCUGUGAAAAAAAAAUUGAUGCAAGAAUUGAUGGUGUCCAAGUGACAGCUCCUCACUUCCAGCUUCAGCCUUACAGAAGUAGAGAAUCAAAAUUAAAAUUAUUCAAAAGGGGGGUAAUCUCUUUCCUCGCUUGCAUCAGCAUGUGGUGGCUUAGUUUCUGGACAGGGGGGGAUUUAUGCUGCUGACGCUGCCUGUGAGGUUUUCCUCCACAACAUCUCUUUGGAAGAGGUUCGGGCUGAUAGAUCCAUUAAACAAAGAAAUUAUGUCUAUCGUUUCAGGACUUUGAAUGAGGCUGAAGUGGACUUAACUUUCCUGGAUUUUACACCUUUUGUUGAAAAGCCAGUGAAAUCCUUUAACAAAGACCUGCUGCAGAGGCAAAUAAGCAGUUUUUCAGGGUGACUUUUUUGGAUUCGUGAUUUAUAAUAUCAGAGGUUUUUUUUGAAAUUCAUUUUAGACUUUUGCUCUAAUAGUAAAACUCAAUUUUCGAACCACGUGAGUCAGUCACAACCAAGUUAAAGACAAAUGAUUGAUCAACAGCUGAUGCAGCCUCUUGUGCCAGAUGCCAGAAACAUUUUCAUCCUGCUAGGACAAUAUAUCGGAUUGUUUUUACCCGUCCCUUCUUCAGUCCACAAAUAGCAAACAGUCUGACUAAAUGUCCACAGUGUGCAUGAAAACUGCUGUUGCGUGGUUUGCAGUUUGUGAGAUGACAUUUAGAGCAACAUGCCACUUUAGUGAAAACUCAAAGCAAAAAUUUGAGUGGCCUGCUGUCCUUUGGGCAACAUGGUCUAUUUGGGUCAUAUUUGUUUUAUAUAAUAGACACAAAUGUGGCAUGAAAUAUCAUUUCACGACAUGGAGAUGUUUUUGCGUACUUUGAGACAGUCUUCCAGUUGGAUUUUGUCUGCUGUCUUUCGCACAAACCUAAGUGAACCAAAAGGGCAAGGACGAUAUCUGUCCUGUCGUGUACAUUCAUGAGUUCAGAUGAGUGAUCGAGCAACACAGACACAUAAAUCCUGCCAAGCUGUCUAAUAUCUUCCUCUACCUUACAAUAUUCCUUGAUUGUAAUCCCCUCACACGCUCUCUGCUUCUUUUUGCAGUCUGGGUUUUUCUCCUGUGCAUCGAGGAGGGAUUUUCCAUGGCACAAAAGACCAGAGGUCAGAUGGAUAAAUUCACUAAACUUCUUAGAUAAUGUACUUCAAAAUUUGACAAAACUGAGUGAGGCUUUUACACAUUUAGUUAAAGGAAAAUCUCUUAGCUGUGGAUUUUUUUGCGUGUCAUGGACAGCACCUUUGUUUUUUCCAUCUUUAAACCUUGAAUGUCCCUCACAUCAUGCAAACAGAUGGAGGAUCCAAGGGAGCUAAACCCCCCCAGCGCCCACAGCACUCUCGUCAUUGUGGAAACUGGGUGCGAAACACAGAAGGAGGCUCCUUCAGCUCCCCAAACUACCCAAACACGUACCCUCCAAACAAGGAGUGCCUGUACGUCCUGGAAGGUAACCAGCCUGUUCAUGUUCUUGCUGUAUCUCUUUGGUUUUUAUCAAGUCUAUCGUUUUAUGGUGUCUUUUGUUGUACUUGGUGAUAAUAGCAGGACAUUUGAAACAUUUGGGAGUAUUGAUUAAUUUCUGGGAACAUUGUAUCCCUGAAUCCCUCAUGUGUCUCAUCCCUUUGUUUCCCUCAGCCCUGCCCCGUCAGAGGAUUGAGCUGCUGUUUCAUGGGGCCUUCUAUAUCGAGGCUUCAUUUGAGUGUCGCUUUGACCACAUCGAGGUGCGGGACGGCCCCUUCAGCUUCUCCCCGCUCCUCAACCGCUUUUGUGGCGCAGCCAAUCCCGGACUGGUCCUCUCCAGUGGACGUUUCAUGUGGAUCCGCUUCUUCAGUGAUGAGGAGCUGGAGGGGAUUGGUUUUCAGGUCCAGUACAGCUUCACUGCAGGUGAUUAGGACACAGAGGAGGAGUUUAUUGAUCCCUGAAUGUUCUGACAGCAUCUCUGCUGUUGUGAUAUCUCACUCUCUGUCUCUGUGAUUUUCUCUAAAGACCCUGAAUUUCAUCUGCAUGUGGGAGGACUUCUAAACCCAAUCCCAGGUAGUCCAACCACAGUCCACUCAGAUAUUAAUACAUGAUUCAAAGUCACCUCCUAUCCCCUCUGUUGGUCUUUUUUUUUUCCUCUCUGUAUUCUUCUUACCUUUCUUUGUUGUGCUCUGCGGUUCAGACUGUCAGUUUGAGCUGUCCGGGGCUGACGGUGUGAUCCGUUCCAGUCAGGUGGAGGAGGAAUACCAAGUGAAGCCUGAGCAGGCAGUGGACUGCAUCUGGACCAUACGUGCCCCACCAAACCACAAGGUAUGCUCAGGACAUGUUUUGCCAAUUAUCUAACACACACACAGACAAAAAAAUAACAUUUAAAUAGAAUUAAGAUGAGGGGAAGGGAUGUGAUUCAUUAAAAACAACAUGACAAACAGCACAGUGGCUUAAGAGAUGAGUCUCAGCCUGCAGGGUGUUUUGCAUCCUGCACAGCUCUUCAUCCCUGCAACAUUUGUUGUGGCAUAUUUUGUCCAUAUUUAGCAAUUCUUUUGAAUCCCAGCGUCCUAACAUAAGUACCCUGUUAAUGAACUUAGAGUCUCUAUAUGCAAUACUGAUAUUUUAUUUGACAGUAAAGCGUCAACAUGAUGUCCGUGCGGCACUAAAAGGAUUUGCAGCUGGAGAAAGGAGUGACAUUUUCAAAGGGAAAAUGUCAUAUGUCAGUCAGGCGUGCGAACUGCAAAAUAUUCAGAGCAUUUCAUUUUUAUUUCACAUCCAUUUUUUUUCCAGAUCUACCUCCGCUUCCUGGAAUACCAGAUGGAAAACUCAAAUGAAUGUAAGAAGAACUUUGUGGCUGUUUAUGAUGGCAGUAAUGCCAUUGAAGACCUAAAGGUAUACAGCUUUACAUUUGUUUGGCAUACAAGGAUGUAAAGUUGCUUAAUGUUAUGAGCUGAAUUCAAUGUGUGAAAUAAUCUCUGUCUUUGCUGCACAGCAGGAUCUUUUCCUUCACACAUAUUUUCCUUCUUAUUCAAAGAUUUUGUUUUUAAUUUGUAGCAGCUGUUCUGCAGACCAUGGCGUCAAUGAGACUACACAUCCAAGCGCAAUAAAAGAGAUUGGUGUGUGGUUUCUUGCAGGCCAAGUUCUGUAGUACAGUAGCUAAUGACAUCAUGCUGGACACUGGUUUGGGGGUGGUGAGGAUGUGGGCUGAUGAGACAAGCCGUCUCAGUCGAUUCCGGAUGCUGUUUACUUCUUUUGCAGACCGUAAGUUUUGCCUCAAGAUUAUCUCUGAACCUCUGCCAUUUAACAUCUUCACCCGUCUCUUUUUUUUUUAGUUUAGCCUUUGCUUGUAUGACAGAGCAUGUGUGCCUAAAUAUAAAGAAGGAACAGACCUACAGUAGCACCCUCCUGUGGCCUCUAUGUGGUACUGCAGCUUUUCAAAAUAUAGAGCUGUCACUGCAACUAAUGAGAAAAAAACACAUUUAUUUAAAAAAAAAAAAAGGUUUCUGGGUGUAAUUUUGAAAAAAAGAGGAGGAGGAGAAUAUCCCUCAAAUGUAAUCUUGGCCAAGAAGGACCAGAAAACAGAUUAAUUUCUCCUCCCUGUUUGUGACUUUGCCUGCUUAAGCUCCUUUACACACUAAUGUGUCUGUGUUGGUGUUUCAGCUCCGUGUCAGGGCAGUUCAUUCUUCUGCCACAGCAACAUGUGCAUCAACACUUCUCUGGUGUGCAACGGCAUCCAAAACUGUGUGUUUCCCUGGGAUGAAAGCAACUGCAAAGGUACUCUAGUUGUGCCAAAGCACUUUAUUAUUCCGUGCUUGUCGGUGCCGUGCUGUAUCACAUUAAAUUGUGCUGUAUUACGCAAGAUGAUACAUAUCCCGUCCCCCUGUAUUGUGUCACAUUGAGCCUCCUUGAAAAUCUGCGACUAUAAAUCUACAAAGUGAUAGCGACUGGACACUCAGGCCUUCCUCUUCUUGCUCUAAAAAACGUUUUCACUCUGAUUUCAGACAACAGUGCAGAUUUUUUAAUAUCCUUAAAAAUGUCUCUUGGCAGGGAAUUAAUGGUGUCAUCAUCUUUAAAACCUUUCCAGAUAAAAGAUCCUCAAGGCCUUUCUGGCUGUUGAGUAGCUUGUAGCACCUUGAUUUAUUUGGCUGACCGUGACUGAAUUUGGCUGUAAGCAGAAGGUCUGUUUUCUCUACAAAAUGAAAGAAAACAGACUGUCCUGACCUGGAAACAAGUAAAUCAGUGAUGUAGUGUCAGCACCUCUGAAUGUCCGGCUAUUAAGUCUAAUUUUUUUAACUCUCUUCAUAUCCACCAUCUAGAGAAAAAGAGCAAAGGUGUUUUUCACCAGAUCACUAAGACUCAUGGGACAAUCAUCUGUGUGUCUACGGGGGUGGUGCUGCUGCUCCUUAUUAUCUCCAUCCUGGUUCAAGUCAAACAACCAAGAAAAAAGGUAAUAAAGGUUAUUAAUUCAUUCAGCAUUUUGUGGUAUUGUGUGUUUUUUUCAUCAUGUGUGUUCUGUUUUUAUUUAAAGGUGUUGAUACGAAAGAAUAACUUGUUCCAGCGAGGCGACUUACAGGAGGCGUUUGAUCCUCCACACUACGAACUCUUUACUCUCAGAGACAAGGUGACUUUGAUUACUUCUUUAUCAUCUCUGUGUGUGAGAUGCUUUGUGAAUAGCAAAGUAAAGCUACAUUAUCUUUAUCUUUUGCAGGAGAUGUCCGCUGACCUUGGGGAAUUAUCAGAGGAACUCCAGUCCCUGCAGGCGCUCAGAAGAUCCUCAUCAGGCUCACGAUGCAUUCAUGAACACCAUUGUGGCUCUCAGGCUUCUGUCAACUCAGUCAAAGCCAGUCAGGCUGCACACGGCAUGGGAAGGGGAUCCCUGGAGCUUCCCCCUUUCCAAGGGGACUUCCAGAGCUCCUUACCCCCCUUGAGAGACUUGCAUGGCAGUUUGCGGAAGAAAAGCUGGCCUAGCAUGAAACCAGGUCGAAUGCAGAGCCAUCAUAGUGUGGGGGACAGAGCUGUGGGGCGGCAGGACAGAGUGAUGGAAGAGGACGAAGAGGAUGAGGAUGAUGGACGGUAUGCCAUAUAUGUACGCAGAGCAGGAGGACGAAGGGGCAACUAUGAAAUGGCCCAGCAGAGAUCCUUGUCCAUGGACUUUUGAAGGGAAAAGACGAGGCAGAUGCACUGCUGCAAGAACUUUUCAAGGACUGACACUUUUUCGGGUUUUGAAAUUAACCCGCAAAAGCAACUUUCUAACAUCUUUGUGGUGAUGGUGAUUAUAAAAAUGUGAUUCUUGGCUUUUUUUUGUUCACUUGCUCCUUUUGCAGUGAGUUUGGAGAACAUGAGGACAGACAUCUGGGUCGGCUGAGAUACUCACAAAACAAAACACUGCCCAGAAACAACCUCAAGCAGGAGUGAUCGUAUCGGUGAUCCAUGUCAAAGACAGAUGAUACUGCUGUGUAUUGUUGUCAUUAUCAGUGUAUUGUGUUUAAUAUAUUUUAGCAGCAAGGACUAGGAUGCAAUUGACAACUGUUUGAUGAUUCUGUUUGACGCUGAAUUUCUGCAGCUGUCAGUUUGAGGAAGUUUACGGGAAAAGCCGCUGUUGUUCCCGGCUACAUAAAACCCCUCUAGGGCCCUAAAGAUAGAAGAAAAGAAAAGUGAAAGACAAGUUAAAAAAAGGGUGGGAGGGAGGGGUGAAAAACAUGAGAAUAAAAGAGAGUAGGUCUGAAUUAAUAGGAGUGCCAGAAGAGGUGCGGUUGAGGUGUGGUCCUGUUCCUUUAAUUGCUUUAGCACCAUGCAAGAAAAAGAGACAGAGAGUAAAGACAUUAAAGCAAACAAUGAAAUGAACACAUUUCAGUUUCUAUUAAGUCUGUUAUCACUUGUGUCAAAGAUUAAAUAUGUCUACUCUGAGUUAUAAGUUAUAAAAGUUAUAAGUUAUAAAAAAGUCACUCACAGUUGAACAGUUGAACAGUCUCACGCGCUCCUUCACACAGCAGGGUUAUUUGUUGAUCAUGAAACGUGUUUCCUCUUGUUUGCUGGUUUGAAUAUCCCUCAUAAGGAAAAAAUAUGUCAGUGUAUAACUUGAUUAUACAACCUUUUAAAGCACGUUUGCUAUAAACACACCUCAUCAUAUAAGACACGUGGGUUUUUGUUUAUUUUCUUUUCCUGUUGCAUAUGUAUGACUAGUUUUUCAGCGGAUGAGUUUGAGGAAAACCCACCUGGAAACCUUUAAACUUUCCUGCAAAUGUUCCCAUCAGAGUGCUGGCAAUAUAAGACAUUGAAAUCUUACAGUAGAGUUAUGCCAAUAAGCACAGCCUGCGAAAAAACUCACCAAGAUCUGCAGCUCCUUAAGUGGCCAGCUGUUAGUGCUGUCUCCAAAAGCCAAGUUAGUCUCAUUAAAAUGACUACAACUAAACAUGGGGAGGUUUUAACACUGCUCACUUCUUAUGUUAAUAUCUAAAAUCAUGUAUUUUCAGGGCUGUAUGGAGGCCUCUAGGUGUCCGAAAGCUGUAUUUGUCCUUGUAGUUCUCAUAAGUUCUCGUAAUUUUAAAUUAAUGUUAGGCUUGCUAUUUACAGCCACCAAUAAUAAAAUUACUCUAUAUCCCCUACAGAUUGGACAAAAAGCUGUAAGUGCAAUUUGACCCUUGUAGAUGUUUUACACAGGUAUGAAACAGAAAAGUCCCUCAUAAAGUUCAAAUAUGAUGUUGUAAAAUUCAACUAUAUGGCCUCAAAAAGCACCAAACUGUGUCCCACUGACACACCUUUCCGUAUAAAACACUACAAGAUGAUGUCUCACUUUCCUUUUUGAUCUUUUCAGUAAUACAUCUGAUGAGUGUGUAAGCAGGAGCUGACAUGUCCAAGCAUGUCCAGAACUUUAUCACAAAAUGCAUCAGCUGAUCAGAAAUUGCACAAAGUGAGCACCCAUGAUAGACUGAUCGAUGGAAGUUAUGACUUUUUUGAGUUGUAGCUUUACACCUACUGUGAAGUUAGAGAGACCAACUGACCAGUUAUGCAUGUUUUUCUGGGCUGUGGGAGGAAGUCAGUAGGAUCCCUGCACAAUGAGAACAUGCAGGCUUCAUGCAGACAGGCCCUUGCCCAACCAGAUAUUUGAACGAGGAGCUUUACAAUUAGGUGACAAUGCUAACAGCUGCACCUCAGUGUGGCCUCGAAAAUUAAGUAGGUUAAUGCCAAACAAUGCAGCUCCACCAGCAACCACAAGAGUUUGGCAAAGAAAGUAAGUCAAGCUGUGUUAUAUUUAAGUUUGCUGAACUAUUUUAGGUCACGGUGCCAAAGAUACAUUUACCAAGUUCUGACAAGUGUUGAAAGUGCGAAACCGAGGAGCCGCAGUAAAUUUAUAAGGACAUUUUAUUGAAGAAAUCCAGUGUCCUUUCAUUUUCAUUUGAUCCAGUUUUAUUUAACUGUUACAGCUGUAAUGAGCCACUAAACAGCUUGGUGUUUCAUUCGACCUUUUUGGGGAUUUGAGGGCCAGCCUGUGUGACAUUCAUCUUUGCCAGCUCCCAAAAGCACAACAAAUAAACAACACAAUUCCUCCUGCAGCUGGUACAAAUAAGAAGCACAACAAAAACCGUGCCACAACAACUUUAACAUGUUGGUUUUUAACUGCGUUUCAUCGGCAUGUAUGUAGGUUGAAAUUUCAUGCAUUGGGUGUUGUGUUGAGUCAGGAGAUUGGCAGAGGAAAAAAAAAACACUUCUGCCACACCCUUUAUUAUAAAAAAAAAAACAAAACAGGUUUGUGUUCAUUGAGC